CUUCUUCGGCAAACGUGGUUUUACAUAUUUACCUCUUCAAUUUCUAUUUCAUUUUGGUUCCUUUUCCAAUUUUCUCUGCUCCUCAAACAUAUUGCUGCAAAUCGCAACAAAGAUAAAAGAAGGAUAUAUUAAAAAGAGGUAGAAAAUGGGUGAGGUGGAACCUAGUUUGGAAGAAUUUUUGGAGGAGAAGAAGCGCGUUAGGAACCCUCUUGUCCCUGUUGGUGCACUUAUAACUGCUGGAGUGCUCACUGCUGGGUUAAUAAGUUUUAGACUAGGUAAUUCUCGCUUGGGUCAGGUGCUAAUGAGAGCUAGGGUGGUAGUUCAAGGGGCUACAGUUGGACUUAUGGUUGGCACUGCAUACUACUAUGGGGAUAAUCCCUGGAAAUCGAGAUAGACUCUGUGGACUACUCAGUGUCUUGUAGUUAUCAUAAUGGCCAUAUAACUAAUCGCAGGACCGUGUGUCAUUGCCAGUAACAUUUGAGUACUAUUUUUUAUCGCUUUACAUGAUCCAAAUUUUCUUAGUUGCAACCAUUAUUUUUAUUUUGAUAAGCAUAUUUUGUACUCAUAUGUUCGACAAAAGCAUCAUACCAAGAAAACAAAUACCCCCAGAUAAUACAUUUUGGGAAUAAAUUGAAUGUGCUGGUUGCACCAUUCUUUCUA